AUGCUCAAUAACUCAAUCAAAUUUUGGUUUUGGCUCUUAAUUUUCCAAUUUUCAAUAGGAGUUAUAUCAACAGAGAAUAUUAAUAAUGAUACAUCAACUACGUCAAUAACAUCAAAACAAUUUCAAAUACCAUUAACUUCACAAUCAUCAAAGUCUAAAGUACCCAAAGAUGAAACUUUUCAGCCCAGAACAAAUGAUAUUAUAACUGAUACUGAUGUUCAAGAAGAUCAAGCAACAAAAUCAAUACAUAUAGAAUAUGAAAUUAGUGUAUCAACUAAUUCAUUACAAUCAUUAUCAUCUAAAGAAAUAAGUUAUUCUUCAAGUGAAUCUAUAAUAUCACCAAUAUCAGAACCUAUAAUAUCAUCAAGCUCAGAAGUUGAAUCAAAUUUCAUUUUAAGCUCAUUAAUUUCCAGUGAAACUUUAUUAACCUCAUCAACUUCUGAAGAAUUAUCAAAACCUACAUUACUUAGUACAAAUGUUUCAAUACCCAUAAACCUAGAAACAAAUGAAUCAAUUGAAACAAAUGAGACAAAUCAAUCAAUUGAAUCAAAUGAUUCAAAUGCUUCAUGGUCAGAUACAACAAACAACAGUAUAGAAUUUCAAGAGGAAAAUUCUGAUAGAUUUUUAUCAUUUGAAGAAUGGAAAAAGAAAAAAGGUGUUGAUUCAAAUAAUCAAAAUGAAUUAAAACCAGAAUUAAUACCCAAUAGAGAUUCAAAAUUGAUCCCCAAAGAUUCAAUUGGUGAAGAAAUGGAAAUUGAUAUUUCAAAUUUUUUCAAUUCAGAAAAUCCAGAAUCAACACAACAAGAAGAAAUACCAGAACCUGAGGGAAAAUUAUACAAGAGUAAAUUUAAUUUUGCUUCAUUUGAUUGUGCUGCAACUAUAGUUAAAACAAAUUCUGAAGCUAAAAGUGCAACAUCAAUUUUAUUUGAAAAUAAAGAAUCUUAUCUAUUAAAUCCAUGUUCUGCACAAAAUAAAUUUGUUGUUAUUGAAUUAUGUCAAGAUAUCUUGGUUGAUAGUAUUGUUAUUGGUAAUUUCGAAUUUUUCAGUUCAACUUUUAAAAAAAUUCAAAUAUCUGUUAGUGAAACUUUUCCUGUAUCAUCACAAUCUGGUUGGAAAAUUUUAGGACAAUUUGAUGCAAAAGAUAUUAGAGAUUUUCAAACUUUUAAUAUUAGCAAUCCAAUGAUUUGGGCAAAAUAUUUUAGAUUAGAAAUAUUAGAUCAUUAUGGUUCUGAAUUUUAUUGUCCAUUAUCUAUUGUUAGAGUUCAUGGUAGAACAAUGAUGCAAGAAUAUAAACAAGAAGAAGCUUUACAAAAAUCUAAAGUUGAACAAUCAAAACAGGAAGUUAUUCAAAAGAAACAAGAUAUUGAUAUAGUGGAUUCAUUAGAUUCCAACAAUAUAACAAAUCAAGAUUGUAUUUUAACAAAUCAAACUGUUAAUAGAUCAAUUAAAGAUAUUCAAUCAAAUUUAACAAAUUUAACACAAUAUGAAUUAAGUUAUGAUUGUCCCGUAUCAUUACCACAACUGAGUUUUGAUUCAUUAUUUAAUAAUACUCAAAAUGAUUCAAAAUGUGAUCCAAUUGAUAAUUCAAAUAAAACUGUUUCAUCAACCACCCAGACUCAAACUCAUCAUCAACAACAACCGACAACAGGGACCCAAGAAUCUAUUUAUAAAAACAUAAUGAAAAGAUUAUCAUUAUUAGAAUCAAAUGCAACUUUAUCAGUUUUAUAUAUUGAAGAACAAAGUAAAUUAUUAUCAACAGCUUUUGGAAAUUUAGAAAAAAGACAAAGUUUAAAAUUUGAAAAUUUAAUUGAUAGUUUUAAUUCAUCAAUAUAUUUACAAUUAGAAAAUUUAUCCAAACUUUAUAAAUCUUUCCAAACUGAAACUGAUGAUUUAUUAACUUUACAAAGAUUAAAACAUGAAUCAAUGUUAUCUUAUGCAAAUCAUAAAAUUGAUUCACUUUCAUCAGAUUUAAAAUUUCAAAAAAUUAUAAGUUUUAUAAAUAUGUUGAUAUUAUUCCUUGUUUUAAUUUAUGUGAUCUUAACAAGAGAUACAUAUAUUGAAGAUCAACCAUCAAGUCCAUAUAGAAAUACCCCACAACAUCAACAUCAACAACCUGAAGAUUGGGUUCAAAUUUCUAAAAAAAGAAUUACAUCAACUGGUUCAUUAUUAAAAGCGAAUUUGAAAAGAAUAUAUAGUACAAAUGGUGAGGUUCAUUCACCAAAGAAUCAUGGUACAUCAGAUGAAGAAUAUGAAAAUGAUAGUACGACAUCAACAACAACCUCAAAUGAAAGGGGAAAAAUUAAUGGUAAAGAAGGUAAGAAACCAUUAACACCUGAUAAUAGUGAUGAUGAAGAAUAA